AUGCGUUUCCUACAGUCAGCUCUGGCCUCGACGGCGCUCAUGGCGACGAGCCAGGUCGUCACAGCGAGCCAAAACCAGACACCUCUCCUGGGGCCCACUACUGAGCAUGGAGCGGCAAGCCGACCGAACAUUGUUUUUGUCUUGACUGACGACCAAGACCUGCAUAUGAACUCCCUCGCACAUAUCCCCCUGAUUCAAGACCACCUUGUCAAGCAGGGUACCUUGUAUAAACGGCACUUCUGCACCACGGCCAUAUGUUGUCCGUCUCGUGCAAGUCUCUGGACUGGCAAGCUGGCUCACAACACCAACGUCACUGAUCUGAAUCCUCCCUAUGGUGGAUUUCCCAUCUUCGUGAAGAAUGGACACAAUGAGAACUACCUGCCAGUUUGGCUGCAGAGUGCAGGUUACACUACCUACUAUACGGGGAAAAUGUUCAAUGCUCAUACCAUCUGGAACUAUGACUCCCCUCACCUCAAUGGCUGGAAUGGAUCCGAUUUCCUUCUUGAUCCCAACACUUAUGCAUAUUGGAACGCAACCUUCCAGAGGAACAAGGAUGCCCCGGUCAACCAUCUCGGGCAGUAUUCUACAGACCUCGUGGCACAAAAGGCGUAUGGGUUCCUUGAUGAUGCUGUCGCCGCUGGAGAACCUUUCUUCCUCGGCAUUGCACCCAUUGCACCCCACAGCAACGUGAACGCCUCAACACUGAACCCAGUCAAAGGUCCCGAUGAGGAUGUACCCGUGUCGGACGGCGAGUUCAGGGUAAACUUUCCUCAGCCAGCCAAGAGACAUGAGCACCUAUUCCCAGAUGCUAAGGUUCCUCGUACGGAAAACUUUAACCCAGAUAAACCCUCGGGUGCCGACUGGGUUCGUCGUCAGCCUAAGCUCAGCGACGAAAAUGUGGCCUAUAACGACCUCCACUAUCGCGGACGCCUGCAAGCCCUUCAAGCUGUUGAUGAAUUAGUUGAUGGUCUCAUUGACAAGCUGGAGGAGCAUGGCGUCUUGGACAACACAUAUAUAUUCUUCACUACGGACAAUGGUUUUCACAUCAGCCAGCACAGACUCCAGCCCGGAAAGGAGUGCGGCUACGAAGAAGAUAUCAACAUUCCACUCAUUGUGCGAGGCCCUGGUGUUCCCAAGGGCGCCAUCUCCGAGUCUGUGACAGCACAUAUCGACCUCGUGCCCACGAUUCUCAAUUUGGCCGAUGCUCCUUUGCGGGCGGACUUCGACGGUGCCCCUAUCCCAUUGUCUUCGGAGGAGCUGGAGGCAGCGCCCCUGAGCCGUGAGCAUGUCAACAUCGAAUACUGGGGUUGGGCCAUUUCUGAGGGCAAAUGGGGCUUCAACGGGGGUGAUGAUAAGCGAGUAUUCAACAACACCUACAAGGCCAUUCGCGUCAUUGGCGAAGGCUACAAUCUGUACUACUCAAUUUGGUGCACCAAUGAGCAUGAGCUAUACGAUUUGAAUACUGACCCUGGCCAACUUCGGAACCUUCUGCACUCUGAAGAAAUUGAAUUAGCUGCCAAGUCUACCAUUCUCGGUUAUUCUCUGCAAAAGGUCCUUCCACGGCUUGAUGCACUACUUUUCGUGCUCAAGUCUUGCAAGGGCGUGACCUGCUCCCAGCCCUGGCGGUCGCUGCACCCUCAAGGAGGUGUUACUACUUUACGCGAAGCCCUUUCACCACAGUUCGACAAUUUCUAUGUCCAGCAAGUAAAGGUCGAGUACAACCGCUGCGAGCUGGGGCAUAUUAUCGCUGCUGAAGGUCCGCAAUUCGAAGCCGAGGGCGAUGUGUACUGGAAGGGUCAAAGUUGGAGCGAAUGGACCUGA